CCGUUGCUUGUCGGUGCUGCAGAACUGACGUCACACUUGAGGGGAAAAAGACGACGCAAACAGCAGCUGAUCAUUCUUCGACGACCUUCUGUACCGGACGACUAUACCGCUACUUCUUUGUACGCUCUUUAAACAACAGAAACAGACAAAAUGGAAACAACUGGUGUUAAAGUUCUGGAGACUGCUGAAGACAUCCAAGAGCGCCGGCAGCAAGUGCUGGAUCGCUACAGGCGCUUCAAAGACCUGUCCAUUAUGCGGCGUCAGAAGCUGGAAGACUCUUACCGCUUUCAGUUCUUCCGCCGUGAUGCAGAUGAGCUGGAAAAGUGGAUCCAGGAGAAGUUGCAAAUUGCCUCUGAUGAGAACUACAAGGACCCCUCUAACCUGCAGGGUAAGCUGCAGAAACAUCAAGCCUUUGAGGCUGAAGUUCAAGCCAAUGCUGGAGCCAUAAUCAAAUUGAAUGAGACUGGAAACCUGAUGAUCAACGAAGGCCAUUUUGCCGCUGAGACCAUUAGAACUCGACUUGAGGAACUCCGACGCCUAUGGGAUCUUCUGCUGCUGAGAACCAAGGAGAAGGGAAUGCAUCUGCUGCAGGCCCAAAAACUAGUCCAAUACAUCCGUGAGUGUGAAGACACCCUGGGCUGGAUCAGUGAUAAGGAAGCUAUAGCGACAUCUGAGGAGCUAGGCCAGGACCUUGAACAUGUGGAGCUUCUGCAGAAAAAGUUUGAGGAAUUUCAGACAGACUUGGCAGCUCAUGAGGAACGAGUGAAUGAAGUGAACCAGUUGGCAACCAAGCUGAGACAAGAAGACCAUCCUGAAGUAGAGCUAAUCAUUUCCAAGCAGGAUGAGGUCAAUGCUGCCUGGCAGCGACUGAAGGGCCUGGCCCAGCAAAGACAAGGGAAGCUGUUUGGAGCUGCUGAGGUUCAGCGUUUUAACAGGGAUGUGGAUGAGACCAUCAGCUGGAUUAAGGAGAAGGAGCAACUUAUGGCCUCUGAUGACUUUGGACGUGAUCUGGCCAGUGUACAGGCUCUUCUGCGUAAACAUGAGGGUCUAGAGAGAGACCUCGCUGCACUAAAAGAUAAGGUCAACACACUAGGUGCUGAUGCAGAGCAUCUGCAGCAAACACAUCCCCAAAAUGCCUCCCAGAUCCACCUAAAGAAAGAUGAACUCAUCACAAACUGGGAGCGCAUUCGCAGUCUGGCUGCUGAGCGUCAUGCCCGUCUUAAUGAUGCGAACAGGUUGCAACGUUUCACUGCAGACUUCAGAGAUCUUACAAGCUGGGUAACAGAGAUGAAGGCCCUAAUCAAUGCUGAUGAACUUGCUAAUGAUGUAGCUGGAGCCGAGGCCCUGCUAGACCGCCAUCAAGAGCAUAAAGGAGAGAUUGAUGCCCAUGAAGAUAGUUUUAGAGCCACUGAUGAAGCUGGUCAGAUUUUGUUUAAUGCAGGACAUUAUGCCUGUGAGGAAGUCAAGGAAAAGCUGGGCAUCCUUACUGAAGAGAAGGAGGCUCUGUUGGAAUUGUGGGAGCUUCGCAGGCAGCAGUAUGAGCAGUGUAUGGACCUACAACUAUUUUACAGGGAUACAGAGCAAGUAGACAACUGGAUGAGCAAACAAGAGGCUUUUCUCUUGAAUGAAGAUCUUGGUGACUCCCUGGAUAGUGUAGAGGCACUGCUUAAGAAGCACGAAGACUUUGAAAAGUCUCUCAGCGCUCAAGAAGAGAAGAUUACUGCUUUAGAUGAAUUUGCAACAAAACUUAUCCAGAACAACCAUUAUGCUUGUGAAGAUGUGGCUACCCGCAGAGAUGCGCUUCUCAGUCGUCGAAAUGCCCUACACGGGCGAGCUCAGUCUCGACGUUCCGCUUUGGAGGAUUCUUUCCAUCUACAACAAUUUUUCAGGGAUUCUGAUGAGCUGAAGAGCUGGAUCAAUGAGAAGAUGAAGACAGCUAGUGAUGAAGCUUACAAGGAUCCCUCAAACCUACAAGGCAAGGUGCAGAAACACCAGGCUUUUGAAGCAGAGCUAUCAGCUAACCAGAGCCGCAUUGAUGCUUUGCAAAAGUCUGGCCAAGCAUUGCUUGAUGGGAAACAUUACGCAUCCUCUGAGGUAGCCUGUCGUAUGGAAGAGGUCAGCUCUCAGUGGAAGAAACUGCUGGAAGCCACCGAGCUGAAAGGUAUCAAGCUUCGCGAGGCCAACCAACAACAGCAGUUUAACAGGAAUGUAGAGGACAUUGAGCUGUGGCUGUAUGAGGUUGAGGGUCACUUGACCUCAGAGGACUAUGGGAAAGACCUUACCAGUGUUCAGAACCUACAGAAGAAACAUGCACUUUUAGAGGCGGAUGUCACUGCACACCAGGAUCGAAUUGAUGGAAUAAUAAUCCAGGCUCGACAGUUUCAAGAGGCUGGACACUUUGAUGCUGACAACAUUCAGAAGAAACAGGAUGCUGUAGGCAUUCGUUACCAAUCCCUCCGUGAGCCAAUGGCUGCACGCAAACAGAAAUUGGCAGAUUCUCUUCGUCUCCAACAACUUUUUAGAGAUGUUGAAGAUGAGGAGACUUGGAUACGUGAGAAAGAGCCCAUUGCUGCCUCUUCAAACCGAGGCAAAGAUUUAAUUGGUGUCCAGAACCUACUGAAGAAACACCAGGCUCUCCAGGCCGAGAUCACUGGUCAUGAGCCUCGUAUAAAAGCGGUUACCUUGAAAGGAGAGGCCAUGGUGGAAGAAGGACACUUUGCAGGUGAAGAAGUGAAAGUUAAACUCUCUGAGCUGCAUGGACGCUGGGACAUUCUGAAGGGUAAAGCCUCUCAGAGAAGACAGGAUCUUGAGGACUCUCUACAGGCCCAACAAUACUUUGCUGAUGCCAAUGAAGCAGAGUCUUGGAUGUGGGAGAAAGAACCCAUUGUGGGAAGUACAGACUAUGGCAAAGAUGAAGACUCCGCUGAGGCUCUUCUAAAAAAACACGAGGCCCUGAUGUCUGACUUGAGUGCUUACGGAAGUAGCAUCAAAGCACUAAAUGAACAGGCAACGUCUUGCAGGCAGCAAGUGGCACCGACUGAUGAUGAGACUGGAAAGGAACUUGUCCUGGCCCUAUAUGAUUACCAGGAGAAGAGCCCACGUGAAGUAACCAUGAAGAAAGGUGAUAUUCUCACCCUUCUAAACAGCACCAAUAAGGACUGGUGGAAAGUAGAGGUGAAUGACCGCCAGGGAUUUGUUCCAGCUGCCUAUGUGAAGAAGCUGGAUCCCAAUCAGUCCUCUUCUCGAGAAAACCUGGAUGAACAUGGAAGCAUUGGACUUCGCCAAGAACAAAUUGAGAAUCAACUAAUCACCAAAGAAGCCUGCAGCGUGUCUAUACGCAUGAAACAGGUUGAAGAGCUAUAUGGAACACUAUUAGAUCUUGGGGAGAAACGCAAGAACAUGUUGGAGAAAAGCUGCAAGAAGUUUAUGCUGUUUCGGGAAGCAAAUGAACUUCAGCAGUGGAUCAAUGAGAAGGAGAGUGCACUUACAAAUGAAGAGGUGGGCUCAGACCUGGAGCAGGUGGAGGUCCUACAGAAGAAGUUUGAUGAUUUCCAGAAGGACCUUAAGGCCAAUGAGUCACGUCUGAGGGACAUCAAUAGGGUGGCCUCUGAGCUAGAAUCUGAAGGCCUAAUGACUGAGGAAAUACCUGUGGUUCAAGUUCAGCAACAAGAAACAUUUGGUGCAAUGUCCGGCAAAGUUGAUGAAGCUGAUUCAAAAACUGCAUCUCCAUGGAAGAACAUACGCUUGGCUGUUCAAACAACGGCUAACUUUAAUACAAUCAAGGAAUUGAAUAACCAGUGGAAAUCACUACAGCAGUUGGCUGAAGAAAGGAGCAACGUGUUGGGUAGUGCCCAUGAAGUGCAGCGAUUCCACAGAGAUGCUGAUGAAACUAAAGAAUGGAUUGAGGAAAAAAAACAGGCUCUCAACACAGACAACUACGGUCACGAUUUGGCGAGUGUUCAAGCUUUGCAGCGCAAGCAUGAAGGCUUUGAGAGAGACCUGGCAGCCUUGGGUGACAAGGUGAACUCCCUUGGAGAGACAGCGCAACGUCUAAUACAGUCCCACCCAGAAGCAGUGGAUGACAUUCAGGAGAAGUGUACUGAGCUCAACACUGCCUGGAGCAGCCUAGUGGGACGCGCUGACCAGCGAAAAGACAAACUUGGAAAUUCACAUGAUCUGCAACGCUUUUUAUCUGAUUUCAGAGACCUCAUGUCCUGGAUUAAUGGUAUCCGUGGACUUGUUUCUUCUGAGGAGUUAGCCAAGGAUGUGACUGGAGCUGAAGCUCUUCUUGAAAGGCAUCAGGAACAUCGCACGGAGAUAGAUGCUCGUAUUGGUACUUUCCAGGGCUUUGAGCAAUUUGGACAGCAGCUGCUAGUGCAAGGCCAUUAUGCAAGUCCCGAGAUCAAACAAAGACUCGAGGCUUUAGACUUGGAACGAGCUGACCUGGAAAAGGCCUGGGUACAGCGUCGCAUGAUGCUGGACCAGUGCCUGGAGUUCCAGCUCUUUAGCAGGGACUGUGAACAGGCUGAGAACUGGAUGGCAGCUCGUGAAGCCUUCCUUGCAAGCGAUGACAAGGGAGACUCCCUUGAUAGUGUUGAGGCACUAAUCAAAAAGCAUGAAGACUUUGAUAAAGCUAUUAAUGUGCAGGAAGAGAAAAUUGCUGCUCUGCAAUCGUUUGCCAAUCAACUAAUUGGAGCUGACCAUUAUGCCAAACCUGAGAUCUUCAUUCGACGCAAUGAAGUUCUUGACAGGUGGCGUCGACUGAAGACCCAGAUGAUCGAAAAGCGUUCAAAGCUAGGUGAAUCCCAAACCCUGCAGCAGUUCAGCCGAGAUGUGGAUGAAAUAGAAGCUUGGAUCAGUGAGAAACUGCAAACUGCGACUGACGAAUCCUAUAAGGACCCUACCAACAUUCAGCUAUCCAAGCUUCUGGUAAGUAGUAAACAUCAGAAGCACCAAGCAUUUGAGGCGGAGCUUCAUGCCAAUGCUGACCGAAUCCGUGGGGUCAUAGAUACUGGUGACACACUCAUCCAGAGAGGUGCCUGUGCUGGCAGUGAGGAUGCAGUCAAGGUACGCCUUGGUGCCUUGGAUGAGCAAUGGCAGUUCCUUGUCAACAAAUCUGCUGAAAAGAGCCAAAAACUCAAAGAAGCCAAUAAACAACAGAACUUUAACACAGGCAUCAAGGACUUUGACUUCUGGCUCUCUGAGGUGGAAGCACUUCUUGCUUCAGAGGACUAUGGGAAAGAUCUGGCCUCAGUCAACAACCUGCUGAAAAAACACCAGUUGUUGGAGGCUGAUAUUUCUGCUCAUGAGGAUCGUCUGAAGGAUCUGAAUGGGCAGGCUGACAGUCUGAUGGUCAGCAAUGCAUUUGAUACCUCUCAAGUGAAGGACAAGCGUGGUGCAGUCAAUGGUCGUUUCAUCAAAAUACAGAACAUGGCAGCCAGCCGCCAUGGAAAACUCAACGAGUCUCACCGCCUGCAUCAGUUCUUCAGGGACCUGGAUGAUGAGGAGUCUUGGAUCAAAGAGAAGAAAUUGCUUGUAAGUUCAGAAGACUAUGGCCGAGACUUGACUGGAGUACAAAAUCUGAGGAAGAAACACAAGAGGCUUGAGGCUGAACUGGGAGCCCAUGAGCCAGCCAUUAAGUCUGUGCUGGAUACUGGAAAGAAGCUGUCUGAUGACAACACCAUUGGUCAGGAGGAGAUACAGCAGAGACUGUCUCAGUUUGUAGAUCACUGGAAAGAACUGAAAGACCUAUCUGGAGCGAGGGGUCAGAGGCUGGAGGAAUCGUUAGAUUACCAACAAUUUGUGGCAAACGUGGAAGAAGAAGAAGCAUGGAUUAACGAGAAAUUAAAUUUGGUUGGGGGUGAAGACUAUGGAGACACGCUGGCUGCUGUGCAGGGCUUGCUUAAAAAACAUGAAGCAUUUGAGACAGACUUCACUGUGCACAGAGACAGAGUCAGCGAUGUUUGUGCUAAUGGAGAAGAUCUCAUUAAGAAGAACAACCAUCACGUGGACAGUAUCACUUGCAAGAUGUCAGCUCUCCAAGGCAAAGUAUCAGAGCUUGAUAGGGCAGCUGCUCAGAGGAAGGCAAAGCUGGAUGAGAACUCUGCCUUUCUGCAGUUCAACUGGAAGGCCGAUGUGGUGGAGUCUUGGAUUGGAGAGAAAGAGAACAGCCUUAAAACUGAUGAUUAUGGCAGAGACCUGUCCUCUGUACAGACUCUACUCACCAAACAGGAGACAUUUGAUGCUGGACUUCAAGCAUUCCAGCAGGAGGGCAUUACCAAUAUCACAGCUCUGAAAGACCAGUUGUUGGCUGCCAAGCAUGUCCAAGCAAAAGCCAUUGAAGCCCGUCAUGCUGCUUUAAUGAAGCGUUGGAACCAAUUGCUGUCCAACUCGGAGGCUCGCAAGAUGAAGCUUCUGGAGUCUCAAGAGCAUUUUCGAAAGGUUGAGGACUUGUUUCUUACAUUUGCCAAAAAGGCAUCAGCGUUUAACAGUUGGUUUGAGAAUGCAGAGGAGGAUCUGACAGACCCAGUGAGGUGCAAUUCUCUGGAAGAGAUUCGUGCACUGCGUGAAGCCCAUGAGGCCUUCCGCUCCUCACUGACCUCAGCCCAGACAGAUUUCAACCAGCUUGCUGAACUGGACCUGCAGAUCAAGAAUUACCAGGUGGUGUCCAACCCCUACACCUGGUUUACAAUGGAGGCUUUAGAAGAAACUUGGAGAAACCUGCAGAAGAUAAUCAAGGAGCGAGAACUGGAACUGCAGAAAGAGCAGCGAAGACAGGAGGAGAACGACAAGUUGCGUCAAGAGUUUGCGCAGCAUGCAAAUGCUUUCCACCAAUGGUUGCAGGAGACCAGAACAUAUCUUCUGGAUGGGUCAUGUAUGGUGGAAGAGUCAGGUACUCUUGAAUCUCAGCUGGAGGCCACUAAGCGUAAACACCAGGAAAUUCGAGCCAUGCGCAGCCAGCUAAAGAAGAUUGAAGACUUGGGUGCAGCUAUGGAGGAAGCCUUGAUCUUGGACAACAAGUACACAGAGCACAGCACAGUGGGUCUGGCUCAGCAAUGGGAUCAGCUAGACCAGCUGGGAAUGAGGAUGCAGCAUAACCUGGAGCAACAGAUACAAGCAAGGAACACUACUGGGGUGACCGAGGAGGCACUAAAGGAGUUCAGCAUGAUGUUUAAACACUUUGACAAGGAGAAGUCUGGACGUCUAAACCACCAGGAGUUCAAGUCAUGCCUGCGUUCACUAGGUUAUGACCUACCCAUGGUUGAAGAGGGUGAACCUGAUCCUGAAUUUGAGGCAAUACUCGACACUGUAGAUCCAAACAGGGAUGGUAAUGUGUCAUUACAAGAGUAUAUGGCCUUCAUGAUAAGCCGUGAGACAGAAAAUGUUAAAUCCAGUGAAGAGAUUGAGAGCGCCUUCCGAGCUCUAAGCACUGAGAACAAACCCUACGUUACUAAAGAAGAGCUCUACCAGAACCUGACCAAGGAGCAGGCAGACUAUUGUCUCUCGCAUAUGAAGCCCUACCUUGAUAAUAAGGGCCGUGAGCUGCCAUCAUCAUUUGACUUUGUUGAAUUCACCCGCUCUCUCUUUGUGAACUAAUCCUUUGCUCAGUAACCAACUAUAUACCACAACUAUCAACAAAAAUAUUGAUGAAACUGCAUGGCUGACAUUAGGAAUGAUCAUUAUCUACUGUGUGUGUGCAUCUCUCUCUAUCCUCAAUGGCUCCUAAUACUAGUCUGUCUCCAUUUCAGUUUAAUUAUUGUAAGUGUAACAGCUUCACGACAGAGUGCUUUCAAUAAAUGUUGGUUUACAACUGGAAA